AUGAUGCUUGAAUUUAUAAGGCAAAGUAAACGCACAAACUACAACUACAACCUGACCUACGAUUACGGAAGUGUUUUCCAAAAUGGAACAAGAGCAUUGGGCAACUUUUACAGCUCUUCAAAGAACGGCUGGCCCACGAUAAUCGCAUCCGAUGCUGACUACUCGCAAACAUUUGGAUCGGGCAGUGUGUCGUUCUACGACAAACUCAUGAUGAAUUUGCAUUACGCAUGCCUCUGUGAGAAGAAUCCUAUAUCAACGUUUUAUUUGCAGUUGCAUAUCUCGAAUUCUCCGCUAUAA